AUGAAAGAUAAUCGUACUGGAGAAGGUUCUGGGCAAGGAAGACGUACUCUUGCAGAUUAUAAUACUUUCUCAAGACCUCUACACUUCAAUAGUAUUGCAAGAUCAGUGGUGAAUGCUGCUAACAUGGAGAUGAAGCCAGCUCUUAUUCAUCUGGUGCAGAACAAUCAGUUUCAUGGAUUAUCCCACGAGAAUCCAUACACUCACUUGGCUACUUUCAUGGAGAUCUGUAAUACAGUGAGGAUUCACCAGGUUCCAGAUGAAGCAAUCCGACUCAGCUUAUUUCCAUUCUCAUUGGCUGGUAAUGCAAAAAUGUGGCUGAAUUCCUUUCUAGAGAAUAGUCUGACAAUCUGGGAUAAUGUAGUUGCUAAAUUUCUGAAUAAGUUCUUCCCUCAGUCCAAAGUCAAUAAGGGAAAGCAGGAGAUCUCUUCUUUUCAACAAGAUGCUAAUGAAACUCUAGGUCAAGCAUGGGAAAGAUUCAAAGGCCUAUUGAGAAAAACCCCUACUCAUGGAUUUGAUGAGCCUACACUACUAAAUCUGUUUCUUGGAGGACUAAAAUCUCAAACAAAGUUAAUGUUAGAUGCAUCAGCUGGAGGUAAUAUCAGAUGGAAGACGCCUGAAGAAGCACAUGAACUGAUUGAAAACAUGGCAACAAAUGAUAAUGAAGAUCAGAGUGAAAGAGCUAAAUUUAAACAAAAAGGUGUUCUUCAACUUCAAUCUCAAGAUGCUUUACUAGCUCAGAACAAGAUUAUGACUCAGCAACUUGAGACAUUAAUGAAGAAGUUAUCUCAGCUAUUAAAGAACUGCAAAAUGUUUCUGAAUGUUUCUCAAGCACAACAGCAGAUGGUUCAAAGUUGUCAAUUGUGCGGAGGAGAUCAUAAUAAUGGUCAAUGUGUAGUGCAAAGCAGGUCUCAUGAAGAAGUACAUUAUAUGGGAAAUCAAGGUCUUCAGACGAAUUAUGAUCAACGUCAAAGUUUUAAUCAAGGAUGGAGACCUCAUCCGAGUAUGGGACAAGCUAUUCCAUUCAACAGACCACCUCCACAGAACUUUCAACAACAAACUUCUCUAACAGAAAGAACUUCAAAACUGGAAGAAACUCUUCAGCAGUUUAUGCAGGUAUCAAUUUCCAACCAUAAAAGUACAGAAGCCUCACUUAGGAAUUUGGAAAUUCAGGUGGGUCAAUUAGCUAAGAAGUUGGAAGAAAAACCAGAGAAGGAAUUUGGGGCAAACACCGAAGUAAAUCCAAAGGAAGACUGUAAAGUUAUUACUACAAGAUCUGGAAGAAUUCUGGAUGAAAGAGAGAAUGAGAAAAAAUUGAGUAAAGAAAAAGAUGAGAUGAGUAUCCACCCCACGGCUUGGAGAAGGAGGAGGGAGAACGAGCAAGACAACCUGGAGUGUCUGGAGCAACGUUCGUCUGCCUUGAGCAACGUAUGUCUGCUUUGA